AAGCAUGGCUCAGACAAACCUCUGGGAUUUUAUAUCAAGGAUGGCGAAAGCUUCCGCAGAUUACCGUCAUCUGCUGGCGGCGGAAUCGAGAAGGUUCCAGGCGUUUUUAUCAGCAGACUGGUACUUGGUGGUUUGGCAGAAAGCACGGGUCUUUUAGCUGUCAAUGACGAGGUCUUGGAAGUGAAUGGUAUAGAGGUUGCUGGAAAAACGCUCGAUCAGGUGAAGGAUAUGAUGAUAGCGAAUUCGUCCAAUCUCAUCAUAACCGUCAAACUGGCGAAUCAAAGGGCGGCAUUGGCCGCACCUCGUCGCGGCUCAUUCUCACGUAACAGCCAAUUAUCAUCCGGUAGCCGUCAGUCUACAGAAAGCGGCGACAGUGACGAGGAGGCGGACGAGAUAGUCGAUUUGACGGGUCUGACGAUGCAGGACGACGUCUUUGCGUCGUCAGGCACCCAACACCACCACUACUACCAUCAUCAUCACCAAAAUCAUUUCAGCCACGAUCAAGGUGUGUUACAUCUCUAAGACGAGAAACGAUGACGAAGACGACGACGAUUGAUCGUACCGAAACAUGUGCUCAAUUUAACCCUUUUGCUGCGGUUUUAAUUGAGAACCGUCUAAUAAUCGCGUUUCAGUCCAUGCAACGCGCUGUCAGAAUCAAGACGUGACUAAUUUAACCCAUUAAGUCCGGGAAGAGCACAAUUUUCAUACGAUGUUUGAGACAUAUUUUCUGCAGAAAAAAAUUGACAUAAAAAAUUUCAAACAUACAUAUUCUAAUAUUUUUGAGAUCGCUCUUUCGAUUGGUGCAGUCAGAAUUGCAUAAUAAUGAUUCCAAAAACCAAUAUGGCGCAUUUUAAAUAAAAAAAAUAACAAAAUUUUGUGCAUCUUGUUUCUUUGUGAAUUUUUUUUUGUAUCAAUAAAGUUACUGAAUCGAUGCCGAACCACAACCAAAAGUGCACAAAAUAUUUAAAUAUUCGGUGCCCAAAAUAAUGCGUACCUGCAGUCAUGAUAAAUGAAAUUAGUGUCGAGAUAGUUAUGUUGUGAUAAAAAAUGAAAAAUGCAAAAAAAAUUAGAUAAACUUCCAAUCGUGGACUAUUUCGACAUAUAUGCGUGUAGAUUCUGCACUGUCGCAUGCACGCGGUUUUUCAGGCCGUAUGUAUAUGCUAUUUUGCAAACAAGAGGCUACUUUUUGGAGGCGUAUAUAUACGGCUUCCUCAGCGAAAGGGUUAAUAACGUCCGCUGUAUUUGCUCG